AUGUCAUUGAACAAUGGGGACAUACUGAUUCACUCCUUUCAACCAAAUGAUAUACCACAGUGUCUAAACAUAACACGAGGUGUAUACGCGAAGUAUUGUCCUGAAGAUGGCUAUGUCGAGAAAGUCUUUGCCACCGAUAUGGCCGAUAUAGAAAAAAAUUAUUUGAAUAUUAAAGGUGGACAUUGGUGGGUGGCACGGACCAUGGUUGAUAAUACAGUUGUUGGGCAAGUUGGUAUUCAACCAUUGUCCGUCGGGAAUCAAAAGUGUUAUCAAGCAGAAUUAGCAAACCCACAUUAUUUACAUAUUCAUCCAGAUCAAAUAUGCGAAUUACGUCGAAUGGCCGUUAUACCUGCAUAUCAAAAACAACGUGUCGGUUUUAAGCUGUUGCACACCUUGAUUGAAUUUGCACAAUCAAACGACUACAAAGCCAUUCAUUUAACGACACUAGGUACCAUGACAUCAGCAUGUAAAUUCUACGCUAGAUGUGGUUUUACAAAAGGAAAAGUAGAACAGUAUGUUGUUGCAGAAAGCAAAAAUGGUGAUACAAAAGUCAAAUAUUUAAAAUCAACAGUUUUCGAGCAUUCAUCCUCAUUGACUGAAGAUGAUGUUCGCUUGUAUAGCUUGCCAAUAUCUGAAUCGAAACGACUGUAUGUGCAACACUACUGGAUGUUGCUUUGA